CGCCGCCGCUGUGUGACGUUCUCCCUUGCGUGCAGGGCCCUGUUGGCGUAUAGACCUCCAAGCAAUGAAAUUUUCUCCCUGACUGUGUGCACCAAGGCCAUAUACAGAAUAGCAGACGUUCUCUUCGACCUACACCAUCCCCGCCCCUAACCUCGUCUUGAUGGCGGCCCCCGCUUUAUCGACCGGCGGAUUGAUCGAUCCGACCAAACAAGCCGAGUACCCGGUCGUUCUGGGCGACAGAUUGACCGGGAAAAAUGGCUCGGCCCAGUCGCAACUGGUCAAUAUCCAGUAUAAUUAUAAGACCAAAUCUGCGACGGCACGGCAACGCAUCACCCGAUCCCGGCAGUCCCGAGAUCGCUACAAUCUUACGAUUACCGAUAAAGCCCCGAACGCCGACAAUGUUCUGACAUACUCGUACCAAGGAAGUGUGGACCCAGCACAAGCUGUCUCGGACUCUGGAGAGCACAAUCUGGUCCUGGUCUUCGACGCGGCGCGGAAAGUGUUUGUGUUGGAGCCGGUCGCAACGCAGCUACACUUCAAUCUGCGGUCCGCCCCUGCCAAAUCCCAGAAGCAGGUACUUGAGCAGUAUGAGCAGUUACGCACACUGCAGGAGGAAGACCAUGGAUCGGGCGAUGACCGGGCCUCAGACAAUGCCAGCGGAAACGAUGACGGCCCGGCCGACGACAGUAACCCUUACGACUACCGCCAUUUUCUUCCCAAGGAAAAUGCGGACGAUGACAAGUCGGUUUCGGACAAGACUCCGGAACACCCCUCCUAUACAAGCAGGGUUGACACUCCCCUCAUGUCUGCUACCAAGCCCACCCCUAGUCCCCGACCUCGCCCAGUGAGCCGUCCGAACCCGCUCCACUCGAAAAAGAAGUCGGAUGGGGCUAGGCCCCCCAAGCCUGCGGCCGCCAGGCCACGGCCCAGGUCUCCAGCCCGUCCUGCGCAGAAAAGCGAUGGAAGGAAGACGAUUGUCGAAGAAGAGCCUCCGACGGAGCCGUCCAAGUUCUCACCUUCCGACACGGGGCUGGGUGCAGUAUCUUCUCAGAAGGCCAUUCCUUCACCGGGGUCGAAUAUCAUAAUCGACGGUGAUCUGAUCAUCGAUAUGGGCUCGCCGCCACCGUCGCGUCCUUUUAGUAUUAAUCCAGCACACUUCUCUUCGAAUAACACCCCUGCCGACGAGGAUAAUAAUGAGGACGAUGAGGACAUCGAGGACCUGCGGCUUCCAUCUCCGGCUGGCCACGGAGGGGCACCUGUGGCUUCGGGAGGCGUGAACCUUGAGCCCGGGGCCGGUGAAGACGAGGACGAGCUUGAGGAUGACGAUGCAUUAGCCGCUGAAAUGGAAGCCGCAUUUGAGGAAAGCGCGCGGGAAGAGGAAGAGGCCCGAAGCCAGCAAUCAUACACGCAUGCGCCGUCCCAUCAGUAUCAUAUGGCUAGCGAGGAUGAGAGCGAAGUUAGUGAGGAAGAAUGAUGCGGAUUUCUGGUCGAUUUCUUCCGGGGGGGUUGCGAGUCGGGUUGUUCUAAUAUGUUUUCUUCCCUGUAUCUAUGUACAUACAAGCAAGGCGCCGUUUGGAGUUUUGGCAUUAGGAAGCAAUGAUACAUACGCAGCUGGUGCACUGGCUGAU